AGGAGUCCAGAGAGUAAAAAUUCGAAAUCACCAAAAUGACGAAAUCUGCUGUUGCAGAAAUGCGGGAAUCGUAAAAGUGUUAUAGAUUUAAUAUUUAUUAUAAUUCUUUAUAGCUUUUGCAUACUUAGUUUCAGCGGAAGUGUAUCUUCACUGGUAACGGGAUUUCUUAUCACUACUUACACUUACAGGAAGUUUGUUGAUUUCUGACAGAAUAGUCGACGGUGAAUGAAUGUAGGCGUGCAUAACUGGAAAUUUGGAGUAAUCUUCUGUCUGCGUCAUAAUCUGUUCACAGGUCUGUGAGCAGCCUGUUGUGGUGCUCUGUCGCCAGUUUCGUGAUCAUGUCGAAGGACGUGGACCUGAUGGGCAGCGAGCGGACUGGCGGGGGUAAGGGGAAGAAGAAGCCGUCGGGCAAACAGCAGCGCGUCAAUCCGAUGGGCAGCUGGGGCGCCCAGAGACUUCUGGAGGAGGAUCGACUCAAGAAUCCCGCUGCUGUGCAGUCUACGACGCAGACCCUCAUCGAAGAAGGGUUUAUGCCGUCCCGACAGCUGCUGGAAGUGGGAUUCUUGGACGAUAAUCUGUACGAAUGUCUGUCGCGGAUGGAGAAAAAAGAUCCGGCGACAAAAGCCAAAGCGCUGCUGGAUUUCCUUCAGUUGCUUCCCACGAAGAGCGUCGACAAGCUGCUCAAUACGCGAACAUUCUGGGCAAGACAGUUUGUCAGCUGCAUGGAGGACGACGAUCCGCGCAUCCGCGAAUCGGCGUGCCGAUGCCAGGAGCGCUACAUCUCUCUGCUGAAGAAGGACACCCUGCCCAUCCUGCCGACCAUCAUCGGACCGUGGUGGCUGGCGCAGUACCAGAUGCACGCCGGCGCUGCGGCCGCCGCCCGUUCCGCCUUCCACAGCGCUUUCAGCGAGGUCAAACGCCCGGAAGUCCUGCGCUCGGCCGCAACGCCCAUCUUCUCCCUCCUUCAACGCCGCAUCCUCCCCUUAUCCCCCCACGAAAAAGCCACAAAAAAGGGGGAAAAGGGAGAAGUCAGUGAGGAACAGCAACAGCGGAUGGCUGAGGCGUUGGAAGCCAUGGCGGGCUUUGUGCGGACGCUCAACGAAAAGGGUCUCAGCGAAGUGGAACCGCGCUUCACGGAGCUGAUGGAACGGCCGGAGUUCUGGAAGGUGGUGAAAUUGAGUAGUCCCAAAGUUCGGCAGGCUUUCUUCGAGUUGCAACGGGCACUGUGGGAAAAGAUGGAAAAUGUAGCGAAGGUUUUUGUCAAGGAGAACAUCACCGCCGUUGUCGGUAACCUGCAUGAGCGUGAUAAUCGUGCCGCAAUGGCGACGUGGAGCCUUUUCCUCUUGAUCAUGAGCAAAACCGAUGAAUGGAGUAGCGUGCUGGAUUUGCAGAAAACCAUCAUUCCGAAAGUGCUGUCCUUGUUAAAGAACGCCGGUUUUGGCACGGCCGCCAGUACAUUUCCUUUCCUCGUGGUGUUUCUGGAGAAGGUCCCCAACAAAACGCCGGACUUUUUGUCGUCAUUCCUUGGAGCGCUCAUUCAGGGUCUGUCGGCGGAAAAUGUGCGGAGUAGCAUAUUGCUGGCAGUUUGCACGGCAGCGACGGAGUGCUUCGGUUACAUCGCUAAGAAAGUCGAUGCCGAAAUUGCCAAAGCUUUAGUCGAAAAAUAUCUGAAACCAUUGGUCCAGGACUCGUUAGUGGGAACCUCCAACGUCAUCAAAGGCGCCGACAUUCUACUGAAAAUGGUACUAACGUGGCUAAAGGACAAGCAGGGCGAAAGCCGGCGCGAGCUGGCGGAAGAUGUCCUUGUGGGAGUGGCUGACAAACUUCGCUAUACAUCCCCGGAAACAGUGCUGUCGCCACGUACACAGAAAUGGUUGGACUGUUUCUUUCAUGCCGGAAAGCUGGCGUUCCCGUACCCCAGCAGUCCACAGGCGCAAUUGACCGAAGCCGUGGAAACAUAUGAAAGCUUGCAGGAAAUUCUUUACCAGUUAUUGCGCUUAUCCUUCCUGGCGCUGAAAAACGGGAACACGGAACAGGGGAAAUCUUUUUUGAUUAUUUUACGUAAUAUUUCUUCCCCGGUGCUAUACACCCGUUUGAAAAGUUUUAUUGAAGACCAGCCGACAUCAUCUUCCCCACAGUUAACCAUUUUCACCGCAUUAUCCCAAAACAUCGAAACAGAACUCUUAUGUCUGCUUUUGCAAGACUGCCGAGACGAUACCGAUUCGCAGACCAUUUUCCGCUGCGUCUGGGAUGCAGCGACGGAUAAGAUCGGUCUUCUGCAGGCGCUGGAGAAGCAUGGUGGUUUCUUUAUCAUCGAACGCUAUGGCACCGCGGCACACAUGGAAGACCUGCUUGUUCUGGCUGAGAACCUCAUCCGCACCCAGGAAAUUAGCAAUUUGGGCAAGUUGCUGGCGUUGGUGGUGCGGCUGCAGGGCGCCAUCGACACGGGGCGGUUGCUGCGGAGAGUGCAGGCGCUGGAACACCGGAUGCAGUUGACGGUGUUGGAGAUGCUGCUGGCGGCACUGAAAGGAGCGGAAUGUCAAUCUGUUGUUGAACAGAUUGUGCUGACGAGUCUGCAGUUAGAGUGGGAUGACGAAGUAACACGGGUACUGCAACGGAUGGGGCAGUUUUUGGUCCAGCAACCGGUCCGUCUAACUAGAGAAGAAUUUGUUCGUCAACUGAAAGCAUCGCUGACCGGCGCGCCAUCCUUGGAAUUCCCCGAAACAUUGUCGGUAUUGUUGGAGCCGUUGUCGCGUGAUGAAAGCGCGGCGCAAGAGAUCGUAAAGCUGUGCUCCCAGUUGGUCGAUCCGUCUGUUGUUUCCGCUGUGAUUUUGAACAGAACAGAUGUGUUUCUGGUGCGCAUCACACGCAUGGACAUUUCGGAUGGUGUGGAAUUGGUGCAUUCGUUCUGGAAGGAUGAGUUGGAAAGCGUGGCACGGUUAGUUUGGUUUUCGGUGACGCUGUUGAUGGACUUGCACUUGGCGACCGGACGCGGUGGUUUGACGCCGUUGAUACGUUGCGUCGCGGAGCUGCAUCGUUAUAUCGAGUUGGCGUUCGGGAGUGGCGCGCCGGUGGUGUUUGACCAUGAGCUGCUGAAUGAUUUGGACAUGUAUCGCUCCAAGCUGGUAAAAUUCCUGGAGAUUUGUGGAUUUUCAGAUGAUGCGGUUAGUUUCGCUCCGGUUGAAAGCCUGUCCGAGCGGGAACUGGGGUUCACCUACGCGGAAUUAUGGAAGAAGGACGCGUUGCCUGCCGAGCAUAUAUUCUACCGGAAUUCCGUUCGCGAUCGGCUGGAGACACUGUUGGCUUUUGCAGAGUUUCCGCGGACAUGCGAUGCUAUUCGCAGCUGCGCGUGGGAGCAGAUUCAAAUGCUGCGCAUCGUCCCGUCCUUGUUGAGUGAACGCUGUAUUGAUUUGGAGUACGCCGGACCCGUGUUGGACGUCUUCGGCACCGUGGUAAUCGACUGGAUCAGCUGUUUGAUGGAGGGGACGUUCGGUGAGACGGCGGACGACGCCAAGGUGCUGGUACUGGCGGAAGAGGCCAUGGAGGCAGUGGAAAACAUUUUAAAGGCCCGCGAAAUGCUGAAGGAUGCCGGAAUGUUGUGGCUGGAGUUGACGGAGUUCUCCUUUCCCCGGAUACUGGCGGCGUUGCUGGAGGGGCUAUUGCGCGCCGCUGAGGAAGAGGCUUAUUUGAAGAUGCGGCCGCCCUUAGUGGGACGAGUGAUGGCUACGAUGUGUGGGCUUAUACAUGAAUUUGCUGUCGAAUCACAGGGAUUAUUGAGGCCGGUGUGGGACACGUUGUUCCGCUUGGAAGUGGGCCUUUCCGACCGUCUCUCCGUCCUGCGCAGUCCGCCGAGCCAGAUGACGGACAUGUUCAUCCGGCUGUUUAGUCCGCUGCUGCUGCAUAAAGUGGCCCACGUGCAGUUGGCUGCCUGCAGUCUACUGACGCACAUGCUGCCCUCCUUCCCGCCUUCCAUCACCACCGAUGCCCCGCCGACCGACGAUCCCUCACAACCCGCACCGGAAAUCCCUCCGCCCAUCGAGUUGCUCUCAGUGUUGGAGGAAGCUGCGGAUAUUGUGGAGACAAUGCUUCAGGACGUUCCGCUGGGCGGGUCUUUCGGGGGCGUCGUCCCGGACACAGACGCGAGCACUUACAUGCUGGGCUACUUGCUGGCAUGGCGAGUAACGUUGGCGUGGAUGCGCAAAGAGUCCAGUGAUACGCGUCAGGCGCUGGGACGAUACCUCGACGCCAACGGGAUGUUCAGCGCAUUGUUGGAUAAUGUGGCCAAGCUGUUGCCGUUAGACGAAGGAGAGCGGGCGGCGGAAACAGAACCCCUCGAGGAAGAAGAUGGGGUGAUGAAAUUCGUUGCGGCGGUUACGGACGUGGAGCGGAUAAGCGCGGCGGUAUACCGCGAGGCAUUGCAAGGACUGCCGAUGCUAGCGCGUGCCUGGUACGGGCGAAAACAGGGCAACGCGCUGCGUAGCAUCGGACGUUAUACGGCCAAGGUGGUCAGUCCGGAGCUGGUGCGUCGAGAGUUAGCGGUGGCAGCGCAACAGGCGCGGGAAAUUGUGCUGGAUAACUUCAAGGUCAAUGUACGACCGACGGUGUGCGAAAUCACCGCAGAAUAUCGCGUGGAAUCAUGGCUGGCCGAGAUCGUCGUGCGGGUGCCUAAAGACUAUCCCCUAACCGCCGUGCAGGUCUCCUGGGGGACCACCAAAGGUAGCAACAUGGAGGCAUGGGACGCGUGGGUCAUUCGACUGUCGGGCUUCCUGCGCCGGCAGAACGGUUCCCUGCUGGAGGGCAUCUUGGACUGGAAGCGCAGCGUGGACCGUAAGUUCGCCGGAGUGGAAAACUGUGCCAUCUGUCUGUCGGUAGUGGAGGCUAAGAGCGGCCAGCUACCCCAGAUGCAGUGCCGUACCUGCCGCAACAAAUUCCACAACGAAUGUCUCUACCGCUGGUUCCAGCAACAGGUCGAUCCCACUUGUCCGCUCUGCCGCGAGAAAUUUUUCACAUGAUCAAGCAGCGGAUUUUGUCGGGAGGGUUUUAAUUUGGACGCACCGGUGUUUUUUUGUUAAACUCACUGUACGCUUAUUGAUUUGUGAUGGAUUUCAAAUUUUCCGCUCUUGCAGUUUUACUACGAGUAGUGAUUUUUAUUUUGAAAUCGGUAGUCCACGUUGAGAAAUUAUUUAGCACUUAGAAAUAAGUUUAGAAAGACUGUAAUUAAAUAUUCCACGAUUAUAAUUAUUAGUGUGCAUCAAA